UGUGAGCUCUCAGUCGAGAAGCUGCAGAUUUGGGAAAUAUAUCUCCGUUAAAGCGUUUUAAUAUUAUUGUACUACUAUAAUAUUUAUUAUCUAUUCUACUAUUUAUCCCGAGCUGUUUUAUUGUUGUGGUAUUCGGUUUUAUUUUGUUUUGUUUAAUUCUUGUCGUGUUUUGAAUUUUUGGGUUUAAGAAAAAAAAAAGGAAGUGGUUUAAAACCCGCGCAAAUCAAUAAACCGAAGAAAGGGAAUUUUUUUUUCUCCUUAUUUUCUUGUAAACUCAGUUUCAGAGAAUGAACUUAACGCCUGGAAAAUCAGAGAUGAGCCGUUUCAACAUUUCCCCAGAUGAAGAAAGCAGCUCCAGUUCCACCAGCAUCGACUACACGAAUUGUACCAGCAAGAAAAUGCCACUGAGCAAUUGCAGUCAAUACGGUGAUGUGGACCCGGAAAGUCAGAAGUUCCUCCAAAGUUACGACCAAGGAAAAAAGAAAUAUGAAAUUGAAUAUCACCCUGGUACAGCUUCAUUUGGGAUGUCCGUGUUCAACCUGGGCAAUGCCAUCAUGGGCAGCGGGAUACUCGGCUUAUCGUAUGCCAUGGCCAACACAGGCAUUGCACUGUUUGUCAUCCUGCUGGUAGCCGUGCUCAUAUUUUCCCUCUACUCUGUACAUCUGCUGCUCAAGACCGCUAAUGAAGGAGGUGCUAUGGUCUACGAGCAAUUGGGCUACAAGGCUUUCGGCUUGCCAGGCAAGCUUGCAGCAUCGAUCUCCAUCAGCAUGCAGAACAUUGGAGCCAUAUCCAGCUACCUCUACAUUGUGAAGUACGAAUUACCAAUAGUCAUCAAAGAAUUUGUCGGAGGCGAAGGGGAAUGGUACACUAACGGAGCUUACUUGAUGUUGCUUGUUACAGGCUUCAUUAUUUUGCCACUUUCACUGUUUAAAACCCUGGGCUAUCUUGGCUAUACAAGCGGGUUCUCGUUGUUGUGCAUGGUCUUCUUCCUGAUUGUGGUGAUCUAUAAAAAGUUCCAGAUCCCCUGCCCUCUACCCAACGACCUCCUCAACAUGACAUUAAACACCACGUUUGCACAUCCCAACACCACGGCCACCACCUAUAACGAGGAUUCUUGCAGACCCAAAUACUUCAUCUUUAACUCACAGACUGUGUAUGCCGUGCCUAUUCUGACCUUUGCCUUCGUGUGCCACCCGGCCAUCUUGCCCAUGUACGAGGAGCUCAAAGAUCGUUCUCGGAGAAAGAUGCAGGGUGUUGCUAAUGUGUCUUUCCUGCUGAUGUUCGUCAUGUAUCUGCUCGCUGCUCUAUUUGGCUACCUGACCUUCCACGAUAUGGUCGAGCCUGAACUUUUACACACGUACUCAAAGGUCUACAGAGUCGACGUGGUGUUGCUGAUUGUACGUCUGGCUGUGCUGACUGCCGUCACGCUUACUGUCCCUGUUGUCCUCUUUCCUAUCCGUGCCUCGGUGAAUCAGCUGUUAUGUCCCUCAAAAGAUUUCAGCUGGAUCCGCCACAUUGCCAUUACAGUGGUUUUGUUGGUUGGGGUCAGCAUGCUCGUCAUCUUCGUCCCCACUAUUAGGGAUAUCUUUGGGUUCAUCGGUGCUUCUGCUGCUGCUAUGCUGAUCUUCAUCCUGCCGUCUGCCUUCUACAUCAAGCUGGUGAAGAAGGAGCCCAUCAACUCUGUGCAGAAGAUAGGGGCCAUCCUGUUCCUGGCCUGUGGAUUCAUGGUCAUGUUUGGUUCCAUGAGUCUUAUCAUCCUGGAUUGGGUCCACAAUGCUGGUGCUACUCAGGGCCAGGGCGACGGUCACUAAGAGGCAGCAUGAGUGACAGGCGGGCUAGAUACGUGUCUAGCUGGGCUGGGCUGAGCUGCUGUCCAGUAUUUUGCAGUCCUUCGGCCAUAAACAAAACUGACAAACUCUGCUCUCCUUCCAAGACCAGAGCAAAGAACUUGAUACCGUUCUGAGAGAAUGUGCUGAAUUCUGUGCAGUAUGCUGUUAGGCCACAAAGAUGGUGCUUUAUCUUCAAUUAAUUUUUUUUUUUUUGCCAUGAACAUUUUGUAUAUUAAUUUCUGCUUCUGCGAUCCUGGUAUUUCAGAUUCUGAAGUAUUCCAGAAAUUGGGAAUGCAAACGCAAAUCAAGAGGCUGAUCUGAAUGCACAGUACUCCGUAUUUAUUAGCAACUCAAACUCGCAACCAAAACACAACUAGCUCCGUGUUGCAACUCGCCCUAGUCAAGACCUAAUAUUUAACUUCUCUUUUCAUCUUUGCCAAAAAAACAACAACAACAAACUUUUCAACUGGACUGUAUAUUGAAAAGCACUUAAUAAUCAAAAUAUAUGUGAACGUCGUCAAUUCAAACUUUACUACUCAGCUUUGAUCGUAUUAGUUACAAUGUCAUUUCGACUGUAUUAUAUUAGUCAACUUGUAAAAAAAAAAAAACAACUUAGAUUUACUAAUGAACAAAGUUCUUGUCUUUAGUCUUUCACCUGAGGGUUUGGUAGUCGAACAAGACACUGUCAGGAAAAAAAGGUACUGUACAGGUACAUUUCCGUUCCUUUAGGUAUAAUACGUUAACGUUAUAAAGGUACACUACAUUCACGUUCCCAGGUAAAUAAAAAAAGGAACAAAAAUAUCCACCGGUUUAGUACCUUUUUUUUUUUUAAUGCUGUAUGAAUUCACAUAACACACUGAAAACCUGUUUGAGAAGAUAUUUUACAGCAAUAAUAGAAGGCAAGACGAAAAGAUAGAUUGCUGUCCUUCUGACCGUUAGAAGGCACCAAAGUAUUUCUUUUCAAGAAGAAUUUACUUUUAACCACAUGCAGUGGUUGAGAACAUGUUGGAUCUCACAUGACUAAACAAACAGUACAUUAACAUUUUUAAUUUAAUUGAAAUUGUCACGUCCACUGGUCUGUCAUGAGCCGCUGAGUGACUUUAGGCUGCUGCUGUGCAGCCUUUUUUCUCUCUGUCUCUCUCUCUCUCACACACACACACAGAGGGUACAACUUCACUCUGCUUUUAGGUCACUAACCUCAUGUCAUUGUCCAAAUCUUAUUUAUAGAAGAUGAUCAAUGUAAUUUAAUCUAUUUUACUAUAUUUAUAUAUUGUAAAUAUGUGUAUAUAUAUUAGGCAAAGGAAGUGUACAUACAGUAUAUGCAGUUUUUAUUGCAGUCACAUGUAUUUUUAUUCCUUUUGUUUUUUGUUUUGUUUGUCAGUUUUGCUCAGUGUUUCAAAUAUAAAUAUCUGCCAUUGAUGGAUCUUAUUACCCACAGGUUUGGGGAAAUGACUGUCUAAUGUUAGAUCAGUGUUAGGCUCUUCUCUGCACCAUGGCUGUAUAUUGAAUUUGAAAAAGUUCCUUAUGAAUUGAAGAGCCCGCUUUCAAACUGCACAUUAAAACUACUGUGGUUAAAGAAUAGAAGACAAGGCGAGCAACUCUUGAAUAUGAAUGGCCAGUCAUACCAGUGCUCUUGUUUCAAUGAAACACUAUGUAUAUCAUGUAAUUACUGUUCAAUAAACUAUAAAGAUGA